AUGAAAUCGAUCUCCAAAAUCCUCGCAGGCAAACAGAGCAGACAGGUUGCUGCAGCCAGCCUGCGUGCCUCUAGCAACACCCCGACAUCAGGAUUCGCCUCUGUCGACAACUCUACGGGCGCUUCAUUGGCGAGCAGCGAGAUCCUGCCGUACCUAGACAGUUGCUUUGAUGAUCUCGACGCCGACGAGGGAGACUUCAAGCUCCAGAUUAGAGCGGUUGAGCAAGUCCUCUGCUCCAAAGCCAGCAGAUAUUCCAAUGCACGGCUUCCUGAAGGUGUUGGGGAUAUUUGGGCGACCAACCACAGAGUUCUGGACCAAGUGCUGGUGGCAGUCGAAUGCGCCGUGAGCGUUUACGACGAUGAUUUCCCCUACAUGAACGCAGACAGCUUCUCCUACAAGACCACGCGCUUGAUUUCUCCGUCACCCUCAGGCGUGGUCAAGGCCACCAAAUUCAUCGAGGUCAGUGACGAUACAGGACAAAAUCCCGACUUCCCUGCUCUCGUCGUGGCGGUCAGAGGCACUCGCAUGCAUGUUAUUGUAGACUGGCUCGUCAACUUUAACCAUGAGCUUCGAGAUACCGUGGACUUCUUGGACUUGAAAAGCCUGGUGGGAGGGCUACCAGAAUUUGACCUGAAAGUGCACUCGGGCUUCUUACAUGGGGCUCGUGCUUUGCAGGCGGAUGUCGAAAUAGAGAUCUUGAAGUGUCUGGAGUCUACCAACAUACGACACGUCAUAUUCACUGGCCAUUCGGCUGGCGGUGCCGUGGCAUCUCUUGCAUAUCUUCAGGCUCUAGGAGCAGCCGCCAUCAAAUAUCCCGGAAUGCGAUUUUCACUCAUCACUUUCGGUGCCCCUCCAAUCAGUACACCAUCCCUAGCCCCAAUUCUUGAUGCGUUCAAUAUGAGGCAAGGGACGUCGGGCAUGGCCCUAGCCAUUGUAAACGAAGACGACUUGGUUGCUCGGGCAGAUCGCAGCUAUAUCAUGUCUCUCCUGAAGCUUUAUGACAUUACAAAAACAUCAAGCAACCUGCAUGCCAGCGAGAUACCUUGGGUUUUCCCCGAGCCGGACGUUCAUACAAUUGGAGAUAUAGUGGUGCUCAGGGAGGACCACGAAGAUGGGCCGGCCAGCAAGGUGGAGGCUUUUCGUUUGACUGCAGGGAAGUUUGAACAGCUGAUCUUCUGCGACCGGAUGAUGCACCAAAAGGAAAUGUACCGCAAGCUUCUGUGGCAGCUGAGAUCUCGAUAUGACCCCAAUUGA